AUGAACUCAUGCUAUUUAUUUAUCACCUCAUUUUUGCUGCGCAUGCUGCAAAGUCAUCCCAGACUGUGCCUGGAUAAUAUAUUUUCUCCCUGUUUAGGAUCUUGGCAGGUAGGAAGGGGUAAGAUUGGAGGUCACAUGAUGGGGAUUUGAUCUUGCGGUUCCUGCUCAGUCCAGCAUCACCACUCUUGGGAAUGGGGAACUGAUGGCAUCCCAUGGGAGAUGGUGGCUUUUUUGUUUCUGAAUCCAGCAGGUAUUGCGGCGUUAGUGGCUCUGAUGUUCCUUUCUUUGGGCACUGUUCUGCCUUGCCCUCCCAUUUGCCAGAUCUGCUCUGUAUAUGCAGUUGAAUGUGAGGAGGUUUCUUCACUCGAGGACGUCUUAACCACCUUGCCAAGUUCCACCCAGCAGAUCCUUCUACGGCAAGGGAACCUUAGUGAGAUACCUCCUCUGGCUUUCAGCAAUUUCACCAAUCUUCAUUUAUUGUCCAUCACUGGCUUCCUAGUCUCCUCACUGGCUGACCUCACCUUUUUUAUACCUUAUGUCAACUACCUGAAGAUUCUGGAUCUCAGCAACAACCAACUGCUCAGUUGCACCAUUGAGUCCCUGGCUUUCUCAGGUCUUCUGUAUCUUGAAGAGUUGAUUCUAACCAACAACAGCUUGGACAUUUUGAGGAGGACCUGGUUCUUGGAAAUGCCAGGACUCAACAAACUCUUUCUGGCCAUUAACAGAAUCACAUACCUUCCCCCAAGGACAUUUGAGAACUUAAACAAGCUUGAUGAACUGGUAGUCUCCUCCAAUAUGAUUCAAUAUCUCCCCAUGGAUGCUUUUUUUGGUUUGCUUUCAUUGACCAAGCUGGACUUAUCAAGUAACAAAAUCCUCUUUAUCAACCAUGAAGCCUUCCAACCUUUGCAAGCACUCAAGUAUCUCCUGUUAUUCCAGAACAGGCUGACCACCUUGCCAGGUCUCCCUAAUUCCAUCACCUUCCUGUUUAUUCACAGAAAUCCUUGGGUCUGCGACUGUCAGCUGAUCCACUCUAUGGAAUUAAUGCAGGCUAAAAUCCAAUUGCCUGCUGCGGUCACUUGCAAAAGACCUCCCUUUCUUGCAGGACACCAAGUGUCAAGCAGCAAGCUUCUGGGGUGUACUUCUAGCUAUUUGUCUUCCUCCCUGUUCUCAACCAUUGAUUUGCUACCCUCCAAUCCCAGAAACGUCAAGCUGAUAUUUGGUUUGCUAGAAAGCAAAGCUGCCUUAACCAUGCUGGGUGUUCCGCACAGUGUUGCAAAAACGCUGUCAGAAGAACGCUGGUUAGCUGCUUGUUUCCCAGGCUUUCAACCCACCUCUGUCAUAGCCAAUUGCGCAGGUGACAUUGAUUCCAUUUAUGAGUAUCCUUCUCCACUGGUGAGUACCACAGCCCUCAACACAACCUCAUUUGUUCAGAUGACUGUGACAGAGCCAAUACAGAAGAAUCAGGACCAGGGAAUGGAUGUCCUGCAGAUUCUAGGAACAAAACCUGUGGCUGUCACCGGUCGCUCAGUGGACCUAUUGCCUCCAAAUAGGAUGGAUAUCAGAGGCUUGAGUGAAGAAAUCCAGCAUCCAGAAUUACUGUUGGAGGCUGUGGCAGAGGGCAUUGAGCAACCUUUAGAGGAGGGUGAUAAGCAUGCAGUGAGCCCAUCUUCCAACACCAGUUACUAUUUUUUCAGAACAGGCACUGAUCCACCUUUGCAGGAGUUUCCUGUCUCCAUCAGGAGCUGCAGUAAAGUCACCUUCUCAGACAUUGCAGGAGAUAUUAAUCAAAAGUCUCCGAGCAUCACUUCAAUCUGCCCUUUGGUUGAAAGGAUGUACCAGAUUGACUUUGCCCUUCCAGUUGAAGAGGAGGCCAAACCAGUACAAGGUGAAGAAUGGGAUGGAUAA